GCUCUCUGUCGAGAUUGCAAUGAACGGGAGAAGGCGGCUGGUUCAGGUCGAUAUGUGUGCCAUCGUUGUCAUGCUAUGAUCGAAGAGGGUCAACAUAUAAAAUUCCGUGGGGACUCCUUCCAUCCCUAUCAUUUCAAAUGCAAACGAUGCAACUGUGAGUUAACAGUGCAGUCUCGGGAGGUAGGUGGUGAACUGUACUGUUUACGAUGUCACGACACUAUGGGUAUACCCAUAUGUGGUGCUUGUCAUCGGCCCGUUGAGGAAAGAGUUGUGACAGCACUAGGCAAACAUUGGCACGUCGAGCACUUCGUCUGUUACGUGUGUGAGAAGCCAUUCCUCGGUCAUCGACAUUAUGAGCGGAAGGGACUGGCCUAUUGUGAGCAACACUACCAUAAGAUUUUACCUAAAGUUUCCCGAAGUUGUAUUGCAUAUGUGAGAGCCGGUUCUAUCUCGUCAGGAGUAAACUGA